CACUUCAUCACACAUUCAACAAUAUUCACAAUGAGAAGAAGCAACUCCUAUCUAUCUUCACUUUCUCUUUGCUUCUUGCUCUUCACGAGCGCGUGUUUAGCCACUCGCUCUGAAGAAUUUGACAGGUUCAACCAAUGCCAGCUGGACAGUAUCAACGCAUUAGAACCAGACCACCGUGUUGAAUCAGAAGCUGGUCUCACUGAAACAUGGAACCCCAAUCACCCUGAGCUACAAUGCGCAGGUGUGUCUCUUAUCAGACGCACCAUUGACCCUAAUGGCCUUCACAUACCUUCCUUCUCACCCUCUCCUCAGUUGAUUUUCAUCGUCCAAGGAAAGGGUGUUUUAGGACUUUCAAUUCCUGGUUGUCCAACGACUUUUGAAGAGCAACGACAACAUUUCGACAAUCACCAGAAGAUUCGGCGAUUCUCUAAAGGUGAUAUAAUUGCAAUUCCACCUGGAAUUCCUUACUGGAGCUAUAACAACGGUGAUGAACCUGUUGUUGCCAUCACUCUUCUUGACACUUCCAAUUUUGCAAACCAGCUUGAUUCAACCCCCAGAGUAUUCUACCUUGGAGGGAAUCCAGAGGUUGAGUUCCCAGAGACUCAACAACAACAACAACAACAAAAGAGACACAGUUUGCCUUUCCCUGGUGGACGUAAGGGAGGGAAAAACCAACAAGAGGAGCAAAAUGAAGGUAACAGCGUCUUGAGUGGCUUUAGCUCUGAGUUUUUAGCACAGGCGCUCAACACCGACGAGGAUACUGCUAAGAAACUUCAAUCUCCACGCGACCAAAGGGCUCAAAUUGUCAGAGUGGAAGGUGGUCUCCGCAUUAUCAGCCCCGACUUGCAGGAUGAAGAAGAUGAAGACGAAGACGAGGACGAACAAGAGCAAGGACACAGUCAAAGGGAGGAAGAAGAAGAUGAUGAUGAAGAUGAAUCCCACAGCCAUGAGAGUCGUCAAAAGUGGAGAAAAUACCGCGAAGAAGAGAAACAAGGAUCACAUAGAAGGGAACAUAAGGAAGAGGAAGAAGAAGAAGAAGAGAAAAUAUGCAAGAAAAGAAGCUGCAGAGGAAAGGGAAGGAAGAAUGGGUUGGAAGAAACAAUUUGCAGUGCAAGGAUUCGCGAGAACAUAAUUCGGCCAGCACGUGCAGAUCUAUACAAUCCACGUGCGGGAAGAAUCAGCACCGUCAACAGUUUAACCCUCCCAAUCCUGAGUUACUUACGUCUGAGUGCAGAAUAUGUCCUCCUCUACAGGAAUGGUAUAAAUGCUCCACAUUGGAAUAUGAACGCCAACAGCCUGAUGUACGUGGUAAGAGGAGAAGGAAAAGUGAGGAUAGUGAACUGUGAAGGAAAAGCAGUGUUCGACGACAAUGUGAGAAAAGGACAGAUGUUGGUGGUGCCACAAAAUUUCGUGGUGGCAGAACAAGCAGGGAAUGAAGAAGGAUUUGAAUAUGUGGUAUUCAAAACAAACGAUAGAGCUGCAGUUAGUAACGUGAAGCAGGUGUUCAGAGCCACUCCUGCACAAGUACUUGCAAAUGCUUUUGGCCUACGUCAGAAUGAAGUCACUAAAAUAAAGUUUAGUGGAAACCGUGGCCCUUUGGUUCAACCUCGGUCUCAUGCUCAUGCAUAAUCAAAUUAUGCUAUACAAUGCAAUCAUGACUUGGCCGGUCAUCUUGUAUUCAAAUAAUAAUAAUAAUAAUAAUACUAAAAUAUAAGUUUUGGAUGUACUGUAGUCAACAACUUCAGUUCCGGUAAAGGGAAUAAAAUAAUAAACUAUGUCCUUUCUAUCUUUAA